GCCGCAUUCUUCUGCCUUGUAUGGGCCGACCCGGGCCGACACCGCCCCGCCCGCCCGCGCCUAGGGCCGCGCCUAGGGCUGCGCCGCGCCAGAGCAGCGCCGACGUCCCCGCAGCUCGCCCGCUCCGGCCCCGCAGCUCGCCCGCUCCGGCCCAGGUUCCACACCAGCCGCCAAGAUGUCCAGCAAGCGCGCCAAAGCCAAGACCACCAAGAAGCGCCCUCAGCGCGCCACCUCCAAUGUCUUUGCUAUGUUCGACCAGUCACAGAUCCAGGAGUUCAAGGAAGCCUUCAACAUGAUUGACCAGAACCGCGAUGGAUUCAUUGACAAGGAGGAUCUGCAUGACAUGCUGGCUUCUCUAGGGAAGAACCCCACUGACGAGUACCUGGAAGGCAUGAUGAGUGAGGCGCCGGGGCCCAUCAACUUCACCAUGUUCCUCACCAUGUUCGGGGAGAAGCUGAACGGUACCGACCCAGAAGAUGUCAUCCGCAACGCCUUUGCCUGCUUUGAUGAGGAUGCGACAGGCUUCAUUCAUGAGGACCAUCUGCGUGAGCUACUGACCACCAUGGGAGACAGGUUCACAGAUGAGGAGGUGGAUGAGAUGUACCGGGAGGCUCCCAUCGACAAGAAGGGCAACUUCAACUACGUGGAGUUCACCCGCAUCCUGAAGCAUGGGGCCAAGGACAAAGAUGAUUAGCGCCUAGAGCUGCUACACUGCCUCUGCCUCCUCCUGCACACACCUCCUGCCCCUAUUCCCUCCAUUCCCCUUGCUGCCUAGCCCCACAGCAGGCUAACACCAUGGGAAAUAUCUUCCAGGACUUGACCCUUCUCUAGGUUACACUUAUGUUGCCACAUGACCUUGCACCCUUUCUAGAGGAAGUGCUUCCACCAGUAUCCCCGUGUGCCCAUCCACCGGUCCUAGACCUCCUCUCCCAUCUCUUCUCCCACCCAGAGGCUCCCACCUCCCGGCCCCAGAGAUGCUGUGCAACGUCUUGGUGCCCACACCAAGGCCUUUCUAGGGAUGCCUUGUCCAUAUCCAGGCCUUGCAAAAGACACUCUCUCUCCCUGACCUAUCUGUCUGACAGGGGAGAGAAGGUUUGCCUUUGUCUUUGGCCCCUGUCCAGGGAGAACAAUCAGCUCAUCGUCCACCAUCUCCUUUGACAAAUUUUGCCUGAAGAUCCUACUUGGAUAAUUUGAUUUCUGAGUCAAUGGGGUGCUGCGCACUCACCUGCCCCACUGUCCUGAAACCUGGCCAUGUGCCCAUCCUGUGCACAGGCUCCUGGGGGAGCACCUCAACAUCACAGCUUCUCCCUCGUGCUGUGUCCCAGGUGGUCCUUACCUGGAGGACCUUGCCACAGGUGCUCUUCACAGCCUGCUGCAACCCCCCCCCUUUUUACAGUCCCUGGCUCUGCUGCACAGCCCCACUUUGCAUUUGGAUGGCAUCUUUCAGCAGAGAUGAGCCCGGUGUGCUGACUCCUUGGCAUCCACAGCCUACCCUGCCAUGCUGACUGCUGUGCCAGGUCUGAGGGUGUGGGUGUGUGGACAGGAGAACGAUAGAAGGGUUUUUCCUUCCCAUCUGCCCUGAUCCACUGCUCUCCCACUGUUCCCUUUGACAGUGUCAGCCAGCAUCUCCCUGCCAUGCCUCAGCCACCUCGUCCCUUGGCCUCACGGUGGGUGGGGUCUAGCAACACACAUUACAGGCCCAUCAUGGGGUGCAGGUGGCAGGACCAGAGGACCUGUGGUUGCCGUGCUGGCUUCUCCUGCUUUCCUUGUGCUUUUCAGCCCCAGGAACCCCAGCCAGGCAUGGACCCCACCAAACAGCCGUUUGCCCCCUUGAAGCAACUGUGUAGCCUAGCACUCAGGCUUCCGGGGCAAGUAAGUGGGAGGUCUGCUCCCCAGGCACGGAGCUGGUGUGGGAAGGAGCAUCGCAGGUGAGUGCUAGCCUGUUGGGAUUUUGGCUGGUUUAAACCAGUGCAAUCCCAGUCAUGAGGGACACAACACAGAAAGAAAGAGGCUCUCGCCUUUCCUCUCACACUCUCUUCCUUUAUGAAAGGAAAAAAAAAGAACACUUUGUUUCCUCUUCUAUGGUUGUUUUAUGGCUUGAGAGCCUGUGAUUUAAGGGAUUCAGAAAGCUGAAGCCACGUAUAAAGUCUGACGAGUGUAAUACAAAGGCA